AUGGUGGAUGUUUCUAGUGGAAAAAGACUAAAAAUAACUUUUUUUGCAGUAAUUUUAACGAUUGAAGAUGAAAUCAGUUAUUGGAAAUCAAUGGCAGAAAAAAGAGAUGCAUCCAAAAAAGAGAGAGAGGCUGCGUCUAAUUUUUGUGUUCUGUUUGAAGAUGUCUUUGAGGAAACCAGGUCAAUGCAAGCAAGCCCUGUUCACGACUUUAGAGAUAAUGCAGAGAACAUCGGUGGUUUGCUGGAUGAUAUUUGGCGGUAUACUGUGUUGCCAUACUCUCAAGAUAGAAUGGUACACGUUUUCGAUAUAAUAGGGCACGUAAUUUGCUCCAUAACUCAGAAAGCACUGUGUAACACGGAUCUAUGGAAGGUCUAUAACGGCAUUAAAGAUAACGAAAUUUUGACUUUAACUAAUGACAGCCUUAAUGCAAUGCAAACUUGGAUCAGCGCCUGCGUGUCCCUCACCGAGAACUAUUGGCCGAAUUAUGCUCUGCAUCCCUGGAGCGGUAAAGGAUACGUGCCGCAGUUUUGUCUUAAUUUUCAGAAACGGCUUAAAGAGAUCCAUGAUUUAAGGUCAAUUCAUAAUCAGUUGAACAAAUUGUUGUCGAAAAGUGAGAGAUCUGAAUUGAAGACUGAUCAGUUGUUUGAGCCAUUCACUGACGUAAACGUUUGGGUGUGUAAUGGUCAAAACAUCGCAUGGGAUAAUUCAGUGACAAAAAUUUUUGCCAAUCUUCGACCUGCAGAAGCAAAAAUAGCUGAGAAGUUGAGGCCCAGGCUUCACAAUACGUCCACUAAACAAAUGCUGUACGAGUUCAUACGCUACAAGUCUCUCAUAAACAGGCCAAUAGUAAAACAGGCUUUAAAUAACGAACUGGAAAUCUUUGUGUCAUCGUUACUGGAGAUGUUGAAGAGCAUCCAGAUGCAGUUGGACUCGGACGAAGUUGACGUGAAGAUGUACCAGCCGCCCGAAAUGUCGCCCCUUGUGCAACAGAUACAGUGGGCUAAGCAGAUGGAGGCCAAGGUCAAAGACAUUCAAAUGUGUAGCGAAGAUUAUCUUAAAGAAUUUCAAGGCAGCGUUGAAGUGUGUAAACUAGCUGGUCAAGUUUUAAAAGAUCUUAAAGAGUCAUAUACACAGUUACAUGAAGAGUGGUCGAGAGAUAUACAGGCGCAAGUGAAGUCAGGGUCGCUCCAGCUAUCGGUGGACAAGCCAGUGGUAGAGUUCUCGGCGCAGAAUCGGAUGAUGGUGGUGAACUACAACCCGCGUCUGGUGUGGACGGAGCUGGAGGCGCGGGCGCUACUGGCGCUGGGCCUGCCGGCGGCCCGCGCGGCACAAGCCGUCGACGUACUCGCCACUUCGCUUAGAUAUGCUCGGGACUUGCAGCAGGUCGCAUCAUUCCACAACACGCUAGGUGAGCGUAUGAUUCCGUCCACUCGACCCAUGAUGCUACAAGCUGCUUUGGACUUGUCCGCCCUGGUGCAAGAUCAAAAGGCCGUCUACUGGAACGACAUUGAGCAACUUUCUAAUUAUACAGAAAAAUUGAAGAAGAUGGUCCUAAAACUGGAGACACAGAAUUCCUACCUGACGAGUCAGCAUGUUGCAAUAAGAAAUAUUGUCGAAAAACUAAUGGACACAGAGCUACUAGUGAAACAAUCGGAAUGGAAGAAAAGCAUCAAAGAAAUAAGAGAUAUAAUUGAAAAUGUUGAAGCAAAUGGCUAUAAGAAUACAGAGCAAUGGAGAUCCCAUUGGGACUGGCAAUUGUACAAAGCGCUCGAGUGUCAAUACAUAAAGGCGCUGCUCUCACUUCACACACACUUUCCGCACGUCAGAAUUGACUUGGUGCUGCGAGGGCGCAUGGUGCGUUCCCAGCCGGCACUGGAGGACCUGCGAGUGCAGCACUACCAUCAGCUUCGACGUCUUGUCGCGCUUCCUGCUACCUUUGUCGGACUGACUAAUACUGUCACCACGAAUCAAUCCAUAUUUGCCUCAAUCGUUGAUAAGCACGGCUGGCUGGGCAACAAGGCGGCGCGGCAGCUGGAGGCGGCGCUGGCGCGCGUGCAGGCCGCGUGCGGCGCCUGGGCGCGGCGCCUGGCGCUGGCCUGCCUGCCCGAGCCGCACGCCGACCUGCACGCGCUAUGCCUGCGUCACCUCACCGAGCCGCGCCACUGGGAGACCAACUUCAAGGCCUGCAAGGCGUACGGACAGGCCGUCGCCAAAAUGACCUUCGAGGACGAGAAGAUCGACUGGAUAUCAUUGGGGACUGUUAAUCUACGGCGCGAGUUUGAAGCCCAGGCGCGCAAUCUUUGGGCCUGCUUAAUGUCGUCUCUGCAAGCGAGUUGCCUCAACGAUACUGCAGAGCUGGACACCUUCGUGGCUAAUGCGAUGGUCAUGCUUGAGAAUAAAACGAUGCCAAAAAAUGCUAAAGAAUUGGCAGAGAUCAGUGUGAAGCAACAGGCUUUGCAAGAUAAAAUGCCAGAGAUGGAAAAAAUGGUGGAAAAUUUAAAACGUAAGGGUCAAAUGCUGCGCACUUGGGGCGGCGACACGUCCGUCGACAACACGCUUAAAGAAUGGCAGAAAGUGCGCGAGCAGAUGCUGAGCCAGCACCAGAUAUUCCUACAUCAGGCUGAAAUAGUAAAGUCUAGUCUAAAAGGCGAAUGGGAAAACCUGAACGCGAGCGUGGAGGCGUGGCUGUCGCGCUGGGAGCAGGCUAAGCUUCGUCUUGAGAGUUCGCAAGGGGCGCACUACGCGGAGAUGGUGGAGCGCUGUCGGACUGUGUUUGAAGCGCAUGCGCAGUGGCUGAAAUAUCUUGCUGAAAGAGACGAGCUCCAGAAAGAAUGCGAAAAGUUCAGUAUGGAUAUUAAAUUAUCUGAAAUGUGGAUAAAAGCCGAAAAAUUAAUAAAUGAUUAUAUUGAUCAUUGGACAGUUUUCAAAGAAUACAAUGAUGAGUUCGAAUCCAUAUCCGAGCAAGAGUGGAUCGUAUUUCAAAAGAAGCUCCAUCUGUUGGAUGAGUUCAUAAAUAAAUGGCGUGGGCAGUUAGAACCGUAUACUACAAUAACAUUGUUCCUAAAACAGGAACUUGAAAAAUAUUCCGACCUUACAAUAGCAUUGAAGUACGUACGCGGCACGGAUUUUACAGAGCGCCACUGGAGGGAAGUUUUCAGUCUUCUAAACAUUGAUUAUAAAUCACCGGAUACAAUAAAGCUUAAAGACUUAUUACAAGCUGCGGCUAAUAUCAAGAAACAAAUAAAAGCUCUACAGAAAAUCUGUACGUUGGCUUCCAACGAGUCCGCCGUCAGGAGUGCGCUCAAUGAACUGGAGCUGUGGUACGCCGGAGCGCGCUUGACCAUCGUAUACCACAACGAUAAGACUAAGCGCCCUAUUCCCAUCGUUAAAGAUUUCAAAGAUAUUUUGAAUAAGAUCGAGGAGAAGCAAUGGGUGGUAUCAUCGGUGAGCGGGGGUAGCGAUGCGUGCGCGGCGUGGGAGGCGCGGUUGCGCGCUGCGGCCGCGCUGCUGCGUGCCGCACACCGUGCGCAGCGCAGCGCUAAUGCGGCCCUGUUUCGGUGGGUCGGAGACGGAGAGCGGGCCAAGGGAGGCGAAGCGGCGCGAGAGUGCGGUUCGAGGCGGCCCCAUACUCAGUGCAGUGAGCGGCGCGUGGAGAACCAACAUCGCGCUAUGGCUCUACGCGUUUUAUUCGUGGCCGCCGCGCUCGUCGCCGGCGCCGACGCUGUAUACAGUCGCGAACGAGAUCGACUACGUGCUGACCCCCGUUUACUUGACCGUGCUUGUGAAUUAAGUUCCUGCUACCCAGCUACCGGUAACCUCCUUAUCGGACGCGAAUCUCGACUCUCUGCAACAUCCACAUGUGGUUUACAUGGACGCGAACGAUACUGCAUUGUGUCGUAUCUCGACGACAGACUCAGAAAAGAAAGGGAAACAUGCUUCACUUGCGACUCAACGAACAAAACCGUGCACAAACCCGAUGAAAAUCAUCGAAUACAGAACAUUAUUUAUAAAUUUUAUCCUGGCACAAGAUACAGAUCAUGGUGGCAAUCCGAAAAUGGAAAGGAAAAUGUUUCAAUUAGACUAGAUAUGGAAGCGGAAUUUCACCUUACGCAUUUAAUAAUUCAAUUUAAAACUUUUCGUCCCGCUGCAAUGUUGGUGGAGCGGUCUUUCGACUUUGGUAAGACAUGGCGUGUUUAUAGAUAUUUCGCACACAACUGCGCCGAGUCCUUCCCGUUAAUUCCUAGACAUUCACAGCGAAGCUUAACAGAAGUCGUAUGUGAUUCCCGUUAUUCAGGUGUCUCUCCUUCUACUGAGGGAGAAGUGAUAUUUAGAGUGUUACCGUCGAAUAUAAAUGUGACAAAUCCAUAUUCGGAAGAAGUGCAAAGUUUAUUGCGAAUGACCAAUCUUAGAAUUAACUUUACAAAAUUGCAUACACUAGGUGAUGAUCACCUCGAUAACAGAGCGGAAAUAAAGUUUAAAUAUUAUUAUGCCAUUUAUGAAAUGACAGUGCGCGGAUCAUGUUCCUGUUACGGCCAUGCAUCUCGUUGUUUGCCUAUGCCUGGAGUUGAAUCGAAAAAUAAUAUGGUACAUGGUCGUUGUGAAUGCACACAUAACACCAGAGGAUUAAAUUGUGAGUACUGUGAAGAUUUUUACAACGAUUUACCUUGGCAACCAGCUAUUGGAAGAACUUCUAAUGCUUGUAAGAGAUGUACAUGUAAUAAUCACGCAACAACAUGCCACUUUGAUCCAGCAGUUUAUAACAAAACUGGAAAAAUAAGUGGUGGUGUAUGUGACAAUUGUCAACACAAUACAAUGGGUGUUAAUUGUGAACGAUGCCGGCCUACAUUUUACAAGGACCCUAGUUUAGACAUCCAAAGUCCAGAUAUAUGUAAACCAUGUGACUGCGACCCAGAAGGUACAACCGACAGGGAAGUUUUGUGUGAUGAUGAGACAGAUCCUGCAAAUAAUAAAACUGCUGGUCGUUGUAUGUGUAAAGCUAAUAUCGAUGGAGCAAGAUGUGAUAGAUGCAAAGAUGGCUAUUGGAAUUUCAACCCUCUUAACCCUGAAGGUUGUGAAGCAUGCACAUGUAAUAGUUUAGGCACAAUCAACGAAAGAGGCUGCGAUGCCGCAACAGGUAACUGCUUCUGUAAACGUCACGUCACUGGAAGAAAUUGUGAUCAGUGCCUUCCAGAAUUUUAUGGUCUUUCGGAUAGUGACGAUGGUUGUCUACCGUGUGAUUGUGAUGUUGGUGGUUCAAUAGACAGAGAUUGUGAUGUGAUAACAGGCCAAUGCAAAUGUCGUCCAAACGUUACCGGUCGCCGAUGUGAUACACCUAUACAAAACUUCUUUGUUGGUGCUCUUGAUGCUAUUGUUGUUGAAGCUGAGUCAAGCCAGUGUGAUUCUCAAAUAGACGAUAACGCAAUUCAAAGUCAGCUGUGUCACGUUGUCAUACGAGAAAAUUUCCCGGAUGGCCGAAAAGAAACAUGGACUGGUCCAGGUUUCAUGAAAAUACCGGAAAGUAGUACGCUAGUUUUUAAGAUAAAUAAUCUAAAAACAAGUAUGAAUUAUAAUGUUUUAAUUAGAUACGAACCCCAGGCCCCCAUGAAUUGGGAAGAGGCCACAAUAUUUGUAAGAAGACCUGUACCCGUAGAUACUGACUCACCGUGUGCAAAUAUACGGCCCGAAGAUGACACUAUCAAUACAUAUUUACCAGCAACUCAACGCAGUGUUCUUGUUAAACCAGCGGUAUGUUUAGAAAAGAAUAAAGAAACUGAAAUUCGUAUAUAUUUAGGACGUCAAGAUGGCCGCUCCUCCAACUCUAGAGCAUCUAUUUUGAUUGACUCAAUCGCUCUGAUACCUUCUAUUGACGAUUUACCUUUCUUAGCAAAUGGAAGUAACAUGAGAGAUGAAUUUGAUCGUUUCAACUGUGGUGAUUCAUAUUAUUAUGAUCUUAAUAGAGAAAAUAUUCCUGAGGUUUGCAAAAAGUACCAUGCUAGUAUAGGAUUUUACAUUAGAAACGGCUCAGAAUCAUGUCAAUGUGAUCCAACGGGUUCUAAAAGUCACCAAUGUGAUCCGUAUACUGGGCAUUGUCAGUGCGUGGAAAAUAUUGUUGGCGCUAGAUGCGAUCGCUGUGCUCCUGGUACAUACGGGUUCAGUAAGUUCGGAUGCAAGCGCUGUGAUUGUAACAGUAUUGGAUCGCUAGAUAAUUUCUGUGAUGCUACAAGUGGACAAUGUAAAUGUAGAGCGAACACUUACGGUCGGGCAUGUGAUUUAUGCCAACCUGGCUAUUUCAAUUUUCCAAAUUGUCAACAAUGCGAUUGCAAUGGUCACGCAGUUGAAUGUGAUGAUAAGACUGGUGCUUGCAAAGAAUGUAGAGAUUAUACAGAAGGUCACCGGUGCGAAAGAUGUAUUGAUGGAUAUUAUGGUGACCCAAGACUUGGUGUCGAUAUUCCAUGUCGACCAUGUCCCUGCCCUGGUGUUAAAGGUGAUCCAAACAAGGGUAGCCAUGCUGACCGUUGUGAGUUAGACCCUGAAACAAAAGAUGUAGUUUGUGAUUGCAAAGAAGGUUAUGCUGGACUUCUAUGUGAUGUAUGUGCCGACAACUAUUAUGGCGACCCUGUCAAAGGAACCUGUGAUAAAUGUGAGUGCAAUGAAAACAUCGAUAUUACAAAACCCGGAAACUGUGACCCAUAUACAGGAAUAUGCUUACAGUGCUUACACAAUACAGCUGGUGAUCAUUGUGAACUUUGUCUAGAUGGAUACUAUGGUAACGCAAUAGAAAAAGCAUGUUAUAAAUGUAACUGCUCAGAAUUAGGUACAAACUUUACUCAAGGUAACUGUGAUGGCAUAACAGGACAGUGUCCUUGCUACAAAAACGUUAUGGGAAUAAAUUGUGAUCAAUGUACGGAAAACCAUUGGAGAAUAGCUCUGGGCACAGGCUGUGAUCCAUGUGAAUGUGAUCCUAUUGGAUCAAUGUCUCCGCAAUGUAACCCGUAUAUAGGUAAAUGCGACUGUAAGCCAGGACAUGGUGGAAGACAAUGCGAUCAGUGUCAAGAGAAUCACUGGGGUAAUCCAAAUAUAGAAUGCCAUGAGUGUGAAUGUGACUUAUAUGGGUCAGUAUCGCAACAAUGCAUGAGAGAAAAUGGGUCAUGUAUAUGCAAAGCAGGUAUUGGCGGAUAUAAAUGUGACGUUUGUGCCCGCGGAUAUCUUGGUGAUGCUCCUCAAUGUUAUGCUUGUGGUGAAUGUUUUGACAGUUGGGAUCGAAUAAUUGGAGACUUACGUGUUCAGACAGAAUACGCUAUUGGCAACGCUAGUAAGAUUAAAAUUGUUGGGGCUACAGGAGCGUACACAAGGGAUUUUGAAGAAAUGACUAAAAAGCUAUCUGAUGUAGAAAAUACUCUUAAAAGUGCUAAACAGGGACAAAGUACAGUUAAAGAUCUGUUAUCAAAUAUCACUAGUCUACAAAGUCAAUUAACUCAAGCUGAGAAAAAAGUGAAAGAAAGCAAUGAUAAUCUAAAUGAUAUCACAUCUAAAAUUAACUUAGGUAAUGUGACUCUGGAUGGUCUUAGGUCCAGCAUUGAACAACUUAAAUCUAAAACAAAUGAUUUAGGUAAUAACGCAACUAAAUUACAAGAAGCUAAUUUAGAGGGAGCUUUGAACUUGACACGUGAAGCCAAGCAAAGAGCUUCUAAAGCAGCGGAUGAGGCAGAAAGCGUGCAAACAAUUAUUGCCGAUACGGAUCGACAAAUAAAAAAUACUGACAGAUUAAUUGAACUUCAAUAUUCAAAUUUCAAUAAUACUCAAAGUGAAAAUGACAAAAAACUUGAUGAUUUACAAGAACAGCUGUCGGAAUUGGAGUCGCAAAUACCUAAAAUUAAUGAAAAAAUGUGUGGUCAAGAAAGUGACACCUGUGAUAUUUGUGGUGGAGCAGGGUGUGGAAAGUGUGGCGGUAUAUCAUGUGAUCAAGGUGCUAUAACUAAAGCAGAACAAGCACUUGAUUUCGCCAAUAAAACCGAACAUAGAAUAAAAGAUCAUGAACUUACGGCUGAAGACAUGUUUAGAUCAAUAUCUCAAGUGAAACAAGAUACAGUUGCAGUCCGAUCUCGAGGUAAAGAAUUGCUAAAUAGAGCUAAAGAUUUUAAAUCAUCAGUUGAAAGGGUCACCAACGAUAGUCAAGAAUUGUCAUCAGAACUAAAAGAAUUUUUGUCAAACACUUCUAAUACACCAGCUGACGUUAGAACUUUGGCCAACGAUAUCUUAAAUUUAUCUAUACGAAUUGAACCUAAAGAAAUCACUGAAUUAUCGCAACGUAUUAAUUCUACCGUUUCACAGCUUACCAAUAUCGAAAAUAUUAUAACAGAAACAAAACCUGAUUUAGAAAGAGCAAAAGCUCUUAAACAAAACGCUACUGCCGUCAGUAGUGCUGCUAAUUUGACUCUUGAAAUGGCUAAUAAAGUUUUAGAAGCAUUAGAUGAGGCUCAAGCAGCACAGGAUGCAGCAGAAAAUGCAAUUGAGAAAGCAAAUAGUGACAUUGAAGCAGCUAAAAGUGAUUUGAUUCCAAUAGCGUCUGAAACUGAACAAGCUCAAAAAAAAGCUAACGAGACCAUGGACGAAGUCGAAGGGCUUCGUUUACGGCUAUCAGAUUUACAGAAAAAUAUUUUAAAGAUUGAAAGUGACGCUGAACAAGUGAAAGAAGAGGCUAAUGAUGUCGUUAAUCGAGCGGAAGGGGCUGAACAAAAAGCCAGGCAACUUAGGCAGGACUUUAAACAAACGAAUAUGUCUCUUGCAGAACGUGCAAGUCAGACAUUGAAUUCUAGAGAAAGAGCACAGUUGCUACUAAACCGAGCUACCAAACUUGCUAGUGACACUCAAAUGCAAUUAAAGUUAUUAGCUAAUAUGGAAGAAUUAUAUAACGAUCAUAAUGAACAACUCAACUUAUUGGAGAAAGAAAUUGGCGAGCUCAAUACACAAAUGAGUUAUUACUUGUCCGAAAUCACAAAGCGAUCAGAUUACUAUAGGUCUUGCACUACGUAA